AUAAACAAACCCACAACCAUGGCUAGGGUUAAAAGGUUGAUCCUGGAAGUAAUAUUGCUGCUGAGCCUGCUGCUGGAACUAACAACAGUCGUCUCCAUCGGUCCACGAACCUUGCAGAUCUUCAACAACGUGCAACCUGCCGAUAAACUGACGGUGCACUGCAAGUCUGGGGACGAAGACGUCGGGGAAGUGGAGCUGAAGUAUGGGGAGGUGUAUGAAUUUAAGUAUAAUCUCAACAUUUGGGGAACAACCCUUUAUUUCUGUCGCAUAACUUGGAGGUACAAGACCUUAAGUUUUGAUGCUUACAGACAUUCAAGAGACUUCACUACCUGUGAUCUCUACUGUGUUUGGUCCGUUACUAUUGAUGGACCUUAUUUUUUCGAUGCUCGGAAGAGGAUCUGGGUUUUGCUUUAUAGAUGGUAGAAUUAAAAUUGUCUAUCAAAU